AUGCCCCCACCUCUCUCGCCCUUAACGUUGUCGUACCAAAAUUCGCGCUCGUUUUCACCAAGCCCUGGUAGAUUUACUGCAGGGAAAGGCGGAAUUGGCAAGCAUCUGAUGGCAAUGGAUGACCUAAAGAAUGUGCCUUCAACCCCCAAGAAGUUAGGUGGUGAUGAUGACACAAGUGCUGGCAAUCAGAACGACCUAAGUUACGCCGCUUCACAUGAAUCGCAGAACCUGGACGAUGAAGAAUAUGAGCCCCUACAACAAGCGACUAGCUCGCCAUUCCAGGAGGAUGGCCGGGAUUGUACAGUGGACUUUCAAAUGUUUCGCAAGCGGCAGCCCUCCCCCGGCGUAAGCGAGCGCUCUAGUACUCCUAGAAAGCGUUCCUUUGGAGACGGACCGGAAGACCAGGACAUAGGCGAAGAUUUACAUGAGAGAUAUAGAAAAGGAGUAAAUCGGAUGGAUGUGCCCGACAUCGACGUCUACACUGACGAGGGCGCCGGCUCUAACACCGAGCGGACGACUUCUGAAGGUGCCGAGCAACGAAUUGCUAAUAGCAUAAUGGAGGAGACACACAAUGAGGGAAUGAGUAAUGUUCUCCAUAGGAACGAUGACGACAUUAUUUCCACUGAAAAAGAAAACGAACGUUUACAAAACGCAGACAACUCGAUAGUUGACGAUUCUCAUGAUCUUAUGGAUGAUACCUGUCUCAGCACCUUUUCUGCAGUGCCGAAUGUAGACAUGACUUCGUUCGCAAAGUUACGGGGAGAUUCUCCUUGGAAAGUCGCACGGCCUCUUCCCGAUACCCCGAGCCAGGUCGACGACGCUGAGAAUCAGAGAUUUGAUCCAAGCACCCCUAUCACCGCUAGGGUAUCCCCUAAAAGAAGUGCUCUCACCGCAGCGAGAUCCCCAGUUUGCUCGCCGACUCCAAAACGCAGAGACCUAAGGGAGGAUGACAACUUUGCUGAAACCCCUAACCUACUUGAUUUGACCGAUCAACCCACCUUCCCACGUAAACGUUACAACAUACAAAAUGAGCGUUACUCGCCGUCGCGGCGAUCACCUUUGCGGGCCGUUCGGGAGUCAAUCAGAUCACCCCAAAAGGUGUCGCUUCUAGACUUCGAUAUCCCAGCCGCUCCGACCCCUCGGUCCAUUCCAACCGUCACUCCUCGAGAACUAGAGUCCUUGAAGUCCGGCUUCCUCUCAGAGAUCUCUUCCCUCAAAGCCACACUGAGCGGGAAGGAUGCAGAGGUCUCCAGCCUUAAGCAAGCUGUUGCCGACGCGGAGCGACGUGUUGGGGAGGCGUUGGAAGAAGUCCGCAACGAGGCUGCUCGCAAGGAAGCACUAGAAGUUGAACAGAUCGAAUGGCAGCGAAGGGGUGAGGAGAUGAAUAAUAUAUUGCGAUCUGUGAAGGCUCAAAUUGGGGAAGGCGAACGGGAAAGGGACCAGCUAACGAAAAGAGUGGAAGAGACAGAGAAGCACAAAGAACAGCUGGAAGGUCGCCUAGUCGAACUCGAGACACAGCUGAGUGCAGCCCGCAAUUCCGCCUCCGGUGAAAACCGAGCUCCCGAAGGGUGUCCUCACAUGAAGACGGCGGAGGAGACAGCAAAUGAAGUUCAAGAUGCGGUCGAGAAGGUGGCCCGAGAACUCCACACGCUGUACAAAAGCAAACAUGAGAUCAAAGUUGCGGCUUUGAAGAAGAGUUACGAGGCGCGCUGGGAGAAACGAGUACGCGAGGCCGAGGAUAAAUUGAAAGCUGUCAAUGAAGAGAACGGGCUCCUGAGGACCGAGCGAGAUACAGCUCUAUCGGCUGCUCCACGCCCUGAUUCCAGCAUUAUUGUUAACGAGAGCGACAAACAUGAAGCGGAGAAACGCGUUCUGGAGGCACAGGUCAAGGGUUUGCAGCAAGAGAUGGCGGCUCUCAGGGAUGACAGCGAACGGCUGCGUAAGGAAUUGAGAAUGGAACGGACAGAAAAGGGCGAGCUCGUCGCCGCCGUGGAUGAAUGGCUGACGAUCCAGUCGAAUCAGCCACCAUCUCAGUCCCCCAAGCUGCAAGGCGAUGAGCAGUCAGAACCGGUAUCGGAAAACCUUGGACGAAGCAUUGGUCGCGGAUCCUCGAGUGGCAUCCGGCCUCCCAGUACAGGGUCUGGCAAUGGCGAAAAGAAGAUCCCAAAAAUCGGGGCACCGGGAAACCGGCAUGUUCGAGGCAACAGUGGAGGGAAGUCCGGAAUUGCGGUCUUUACCCCAGGCCGCAGCGGCAUAAUGGGUUCGAUCGAACGGAUGGGUCGCGGUGGUAUCUGA